GAAUGACUGAAUAAUUAUUGGUUUGGCUGUGUAUUAAUUAUUAUUAUUGAAUGCAAUUGUGGCCAGCUGACUAAAGGAGACGCUAUGUAGCCAGUAGCUUGAAGUGGACAAGAUACAGCGGCCACGGCUGAACCAAAAUUCUUUUCUUGAUAUUUCCAUGCUUCCCAUGUGCGCUCGACAUUUCCCUUCCCGCCCAACGCGCCGACGCAGCUAUAAAAGCAGAGUCUCCUUCACUCACCCAGUAAAGAGAGAGCUCAGAUCCUUCUUUGACGGUGAUCUCCAUCAUUCAAUCCGAAUUCUGAAAUCUGAAACAAUCCUUCUCCGCCAUUGUUGAGGGAGUGAUCGAGAUAGAGAGAGCAGCUAGUUACGUGAUGGACACCUGCUCAUCAAUGUCAUGGCUAUCCGAACUGGAAAUGGAGGAUCCCAUGUUUUUUCAUCAAUUCAAAAUGGAUUCUGCCGAGGAGUUCAUCACGCAGAACAUAGAAGCUGCGCUCGGUGAGGAGUUUCAGCACUCUUUCUCGUCGGAGAGCGAGUCCUCUUCGCCAGCCGUGAUCCCGAUCAGCGCCAACUCCCCCGUGGCUUCUAGCUUUCCGGCCAUGGAAGUGUCGCAGACUAUCUCCGACGAGAGACCCAGAAAGCAGCACAAGCCCAACAAUCAUUCUCAUUGCCACAACCCUCAUUACGCAUCGAACCCUCACGAGCCCUCUUUGUUUCCCCUCAUUCUCUCAUUUGGCAACUCAAAUCUACCAAGUAACACUCAGCGAUCCCACGGGGAUUUGCAGAGCACCACCAGUUACCAGGAGUACGACGCAAUGUCUCCAGAGGACCUUAAUUUCUUGUCUGAUGUUUUGGUUUCGUCUAAAGGCUCUUCGCAUAAGAACCAAGAGCCGGCACCGAAAUCUACUCAAGGAACCAAGAGAUCGUCCACGAAACCGCCAUCGCACUCACGGGAUCACAUCAUAGCGGAGAGAUUGAGAAGAGAAAAGCUCAGUCAGCAGUUCAUAGCUUUAUCCGCCAUUGUCCCUGGCCUCAAAAAGGUGGACAAAACUUCAGUGCUGGGAGAGGCGAUCAAGUACAUGAAACAGUUGCAGGAAAGAGUGAAAAAAUUAGAGGAACAGAGUGCGAAGAAGCCCGUCGAAUCGGUGGUGAUAGUGAAGAAAUCACAAAUCAUAGUUGAAGAUCAGGGGGACUGUUCCUCCAACGAGGACUUCGCCGGCACCUCCGACGAGCAGCUGCCCGAAAUCGAAGCCAGAAUCUCCGGCAUGAGCGUGCUCCUGAGGAUUCACUGCGAAAAACAGAAAGGGGUUCUGGUGAAAAUGCUCACCGAGAUGGAGAAGCUAAAUCUAAUCGUCAUCAACACCAGCGUUGCCCCAUUUGGGGAUUCCGCUCUCGACAUAACCAUCAUCGCCCAGAUGGAAAACGACCUUUGUAUAGCGACGCAAGAUCUUGUAAGAGCACUCCGUUCGGCUUUUCGGUAGAUCGUCCGAAUCCAAAGCGGGAGUUUCUAGUUUUUCAAUUGUAAUCACAGUAUUUCUCCGUCCGUCAAAGAGGUAUAUCAAUAAAUAAGUGGAUGUGCCAUCCUUCGUUGGAAAAAAAAAAAAAAAGAACUCUGGGCAUUUUGACGCUUCACAAUCACAGGAGACUAACAGUAGCUGAGUCAAGCACGCCAGUUGCCGAGUCUGGUUAAAUUUUCUGGGAUCAAGCAUGAUGUAUUUAAGCAAACAUUUCUAACCGAGUUAGGUGUUUAGAAAUUAUUCGACUGAUCAAUUUUCAAUUAAAUCCUUUCGCUGUCACAAUAAACAACUCACUUUUUGCUCUUUAAAAA